AUGCAAAGCCGAAAGUGUGAGCACGUACCCCAAAAAACAGAUCUACCCACUUUAGGUGUUGAAUUGCCCAAGAGAAGUGACUCACCCAAGGAGACGAAGCCAUGGAGUGACGUGAAGCUUCCAGUUGACAUUCUUCUGUUGACUCUGGAGGACUGCGAGUUCUUGUCUUGCUAUGUGCACUUAAGAAAUACAUAUAAAAGUUACCACAAGGAUCUUGGUUUUGUUUUCUUUGGAACAAUGGGUGAAUGUGGUGAGGAACAACUAAAAGUUGCUUUAAUAAGAUGGUCUGAAGGCUCUUCCUGCACACAUUAUUCUCAGAUCACUAUCAGGAAUCCAGUGAUGCAACUGAGGCCAAGGGCUGUUUUCUCUGUUAGCUACUGUGUAAGCCUGGACCCUGAAGACACCAAGUUAGGAGAUGUCCUGGCAGUUAACGACUUAGGAACCACUAACAACGACUUAGGAACCACAGCGACAAGAGACCUCAGUAACCUUCUCAGACAAUCUGCUGAUGGCCAGAAUUCGCCAUUUCUCCAUAGAGAUGAUAAUAGCAAAUUUUUGAGUAAUGUAGACCCAGUCAUCAGAAGCAGACGUGUGCGGUCAAGCUCUGGAGUAAUUGCUUCGAGAAUAGAAGGUAAAGUUGGGUCUUUUUAGCAUUCUAUCUUACUUUAGUCGAACAACAACAACAACAAACUUUAUCAGGAACUCAUCAGCAAUACAACAGAGUUUAAUGUUUAAAAGUAGGUUGAGUUUGAUCAUCCGGGUGAACGUAGUCCUGAAUAGGACUGUUGUUGUUGACACUGGCUGACGUUUCGACAACCUGUGCGGUAGUUACCUUCAGAGUCAAAGUGAGUUGUAUCACGUCAGUUGAUGGUAUUAUACUCUGGUUAUACUCUUGUUUAAUGUUCCCCCUAAAAUAUAAAAAUCUAAUAGAGGCGGGGAAGGUGAUAAAAGAGAAAGAAAUAUUAAUGCUAUAAGAAACAAAAAACUAACAAACAAAAGUAUAGUAUUAUGUAAUUAAAAUGUCCAUAAAUAAAUAAAUAGAUUCAUUAAUGAUUAUUUAGCAGUGGUAUAGUUAUCGUACAAAACAGUUUCACUAAUCUAGUAAAAAAAUAUAAAUCUUUUGUUUUGCUCUUGAACUCUUGAACAUAGAAAAGGAUGAUUCAUAGGUUUAUUUCAUUAUCAAUUGAACUCCAGAUUGAAGGGCCUAAAAAAACGGAUGUUAAAUUUACCAUAGUUUGUUCUGGCAUAAGGAAGAAAGACUGUUUUGCUCCAAGUCUAAUAUUUUUGUUAUGGAUAGUUGGGUUACUCUAGUGAGGAGCAAACUCCAUUUGUUACUACCUCUCGAAAGCGACCAACUCCCAUACACUAGACAAAAAACGGGAUUUGCACAAAAGUUUACUCCUUGCAAACAUGUAGAAAAUUUAUAAAAACGGAAGAGAAAAUAUGAGGCAAAGAUGGGAAAUGCCACACAGGGGGUGUAGAUAACAAGGCAAAUGUGGCAUUUACCAUCUUUGCCCCAGAUUUACUUCUCCGUUUUUACAAAUUUGCGCAAAUCCAUUUUUUCGUCCAGAGUGCAUAAGCGCGGACCAUUUAUCCAAAACACUAAAGUUUUCCCAGUCAAAGCCCCAUGGCUGGAACCUCUCAUAAACGACUACUCGUAAGCCACCCGCGGCCACUUUUCUUUCGGUAUCGGUUUUAUAAUUUUUCGCGAUUGGCUAUAGAAGUACGGCUGAUUCCAGUUGUCAUUAGUUAUGCUAUGUCACUCCUAACGAUGACAGUUUUUAUUCAUGUAGAAAUGAAAUCAUCUCUGAAGACAACAGUUUUUGUACUAGCAAAACUGGCGUCACUUUGCUGAUAACAUUUUAGUACGAAGUUACUGAACAAACUGUAAAUAGUUUCACCCUUUGAAAGACCUGUCAACGAGUAUUUCACAAAACCAAAGCCUUUUACAUGCAAUUAACGUUUCGAAAAGUCAAUGAAAUGUUGACAAAAGUUUUUAAAGGCUUUAAAAAGUUGCAAACAAGUUAAGUUCAGAGUAGUCUUACAACUUAUAAACACCGUUAAGGCCCUUUUGUUUGCUUGUUUCAUGUCAUAAUAUGAUCAUUAUUUUUUGCGGUUUGUGGAAUUCUUUGCCAGGCACAUUUAGUUCGUGCUCUACCUAACAAACAUCUCAUUAGCCUUACUUUAAGUAACGGAUGGCUUCACUUCCUUCAGUUGUCUCAUGAAGAAAACUCGGGAAAAAAAGAUAUAUUAAAUUUUUUAAAAAUGAUUUUUCGGUUAGUUUUCUAGAUGUUCAUAUAAGUUACUUCUUAUAGUCACAAUCAUUGAUCACUAAUCCAUAAAAUUUUCUUCUCGCUUUCACAGCCAUAAAAUGCAUCUGUUAACACUUUUUGGUCCUUUUACACACCGAGAUGACAGAUUUCCCUACCCUUUCAUAUACCUCAACUAGUCAAAUGCCUGCCUUUUUAUAUACCUGAUUUUUCAUGCCUCGAGGAUUACCAGAAGCGAUUGCGAAUGAUGUGUGCUAGAGGCAAAGUCAAAAUUGUUCGAUGGAAAAAAUGCCUUGCCAUUUUUAUUGACGACAUACGUACACGGCUGUCUUUGUUUAUCGGUGACAGGAAGUCCAACGGCUUGACACAACCGAGAAUUUGUCAGUACAUGGAGAUAUUUCGCGUUGCCUCACUCGUAGGAAAAAGAAUUCGGGGGAAAAGCAGCCCAGUUUCCGGUGAAUAGUUGUAUUCAUACCAAUUUUAAAGUUCCAGCCUUACAUAUUAAGAAUUGACUUUAAAAGAUGUGGGUUUCGAGUGGGUUUAGAAAUUUAGAUUCGUGUGAUUGACAUAAAUGUCAUGUCCCAGUCUAGCCCGCGAAUCUCACUCCUCGCUCCUCGCCGCUAGUGACUUCUCUAGUGGCGAGGUGCGAGAGAGGAGACGCCUGACUGUAUUCGCAGGCUAGUCCCAGCACAGAUGAUUGCAUCCUUGGCAAUACACAUUGAAGCUGCUUGCCGGUCUUCUACGCUAAUAUUGGCCUCGAUUAGGACGUUAAUGUCAAAUCACGUACCGCUCAGAAACAGUGGAAGAUCUAGUUCACAGUGGAAGACCCUUUCUCUUGCGUACUUGCAGAGCGAGAUGCGGUUUACGUGGUCAUUUUGGUCCUCAAGUACUCCCUGAUUGACUUUCUGUAACUUAAAUAAAUAAAAAUAUGUAUCCCAUAAAGGACUUUUUGGUAAAAGAUUUCAGGGUCCAAAAUUUUUCAGAAUUUUUUUUUUUUAAAUACAAUUCGCAAUAUAAAAAGUGCUGUUACUAUCUCUCUUUUAAAUCUAGAUUCGGAAAGCAUUUCUACUUAGCUCAUCCCCUCUUGUAAUAUAUAUGAUUUGUUUUUUGCUGCUGUCUGUCCGCGUAGUGUGUUUUUUUGCUGGCUUUUUAUCCUUUUAACAUGAUUUCACUGCUCAUUUAUCGUAUUUAUAGUCUAAAGUUAGGAGGGAAGCUCGUAGUAAUAAGCUUCCAUGGUUUUAAUUUGAGCUCCCUGGCCAGAAAAAUAUUCUUAUCCUUUUACGUAAUUUACGUCAUCUUUAACCUUCAACCUUUUUUUUUUCAUGUUAUGCAAUGUAUUGAAGGAGUGAUUUUUUGCUGGCAAAUAAAUUAACUGAAACUAAGAAUUUCCUUAUUCUGUUCACUUUGCUGAUAUUGUGAACUUGUCCUUUGUAUUCGCACACAGGAUCUGCAAGAAAAUUAUUGACCGGCUUUACCAUAUCAGAAGAAAGGGGUACGCAGCAGUUCGGGAUGAUUAGGAAGUUUCAAAAUGGCACUUUCCACCCUUCAGAUGGGUGUCUAGAACUUAAUUCUUUUUCCAAAACAAAGAAAAGCGUUGGAAUCGUUCUUAUUCCUGGGCUAAGUAAUCCUGACGUCGAGUUUUGGUAUAUUUUUUUGGCUGACUCACUGUAUUAUGGUUUCCUCGGGAUACCUAUGUCUGACAGACGUAUACUCUUAAAGAAACCUUUACAUUGUAGUCCAGUGAAAAAAUACGAUCCGUUAAGUGGUAAAUCACCUGAAGGCCGCAAUUCUGGGCUGUUCUUGCCUUUACCUUCAAGGAUUUCACAUUACAUUUUGUGUUUGAGGAUUCCUGAUAGAUUUCAAGAAAUAAAAGACAUCAUUUACAACAGAGAUAACGUGCCCUUCUGGACGUGCUAUGUGAGAUUUGUAAAACCUCCUGGACGCGUUUUUAAUGGUGUUUCGCCUUUACAGAAGGCAGCUUCCUUCUUUACAGAAAAUUCCAGAAACAGUUCCCCUGUAUCUGUUGUCACUGGAAAUAUCGCCUUUAUUUUAAAAUGUUGUGGCCCAAAAGGCACAGAUUUAAACAACGUUUAUUUUUCAAAGGGAGCUAUUCCAGAAAACGGAACCUUCAGAUUCAAAGUAAAUGAACAGUCUUCAUGGCAUCAUUGUAAAGUUGUUAGCAGUGGUAAUGGUUUCGCAGAAUCUUCACAAACGAGUUUCUGUAUCUUGGUGGCACACAGUGACCAAUUCAACUUACAAUUGAGACUGGGAACGUCCGAUUCAAUUCUUCUUCCAAGAAGCAAAAGACAAGGUUCAGGCGUAAGGAUAUUAUCAACUGAAGACGUGUUGCAAGACGAGGUAAUCUGUGAAUCCCUCUUCACCUUAAUACUAUUAAAUGUUUAGGUUUUGUUUCCAAACCUCCAGUUAAGCACGAGGAAAAAAAUCACAUGGUAAACAACAUCAUUAGCCUUUUUUUGUUUUAGAAAUUAAUCAAUUGCUAACACAUAACGUUCUGACUAGAAACAGAUUCUAGGUAGAUUUUUUUGCCGCAAGUUUCUGCUGGAAUUUGACCGAUUUGAACACUCAAUUGCGCCGACAUCUAAGCAGUGAAGGGUCAGCUAUUUGGGGGGCUCCAAUUGAAGUAUUUUUUAGCAUUCUUCGGGUCAUCACCUCGAGAAGGUUCUUAGUCAACAUUUGCGUAUGAUGCUCUCGGCAAGUUGCUUGGCCUUAACCUGAAUUUAAUCCCUAGAUUUAUGAUCCUGCUGAACGACUACACCGUGCAUACGGUUAAGAUUCACUUGCAGUGGUGCCCUGUGACAGUGUUUCAAUAAAUUAUUACUGGUACACAGUAACUUUGGUUUUCUUGCUCCUUUGACAAUCUCGAGAGUACAGGAGAUAUAUCUGAUGUCCCUUUCCUAGACAUUCUGACACCGAUUUAUAUCUUUGGGUGAUACGAAUCUCGUUGAGGAGGAACUAGACGACAAUAGAAUUGUCCCUGAAGGAGUAGGAAGAGAAAGCGGAGCAGGAAACCGAAUGUUUCCCUUUGUCUUCUCUCUCCUCAUUAUGAAGUGUUUCUGUAACAAGAAUCAACGAAGCAGCACGAUCAGCUGUCAGCAUCCAACCAAAAAAUAAAGUAGACAAUAGUAAACCUAGUUUUAAAAAGACUUGUUGGUCAACCGCAACAGAACAUGUUGCUAAUGCUGUGUGUGCUAAUGACAUUGGUCAAGGUCACACUAUAGAAAAAAAUAAGAACUAGACUGCAUUAAGAAAAUGAAGAAAUGAUCGUCGCAGUGAACGAAAUUUAUGCAAUUGCAUUAUAUCAAUCAAACGGUAACUCGUGAUAGAUUAUAUUCCAAAUUUCAAGAAAUAGCGAAAGAACGCGUUGUUUGGUGUAUAUUUUAGCCUUCUGUGAGCAAUUUACUUGCAAAAACGGCAAGUGUAAAGGCAGCGAGUGGGGUUGUCUUAUCCGAGACCCUGGAGAGAGCUCUAAAAAUUUCUAUCAAAACCCUAUCUUGUCCACGUUGUGGAAAAAAAAAACAGAAAGCAUGUAAAUAGCUAAAGUGCAACUGGUCGAGUUUUUUAUGGUAAUUAAUAUAAAGCCGAUCACAUUUGAAAACCUCUUUACGAGAGCAAGCUUUCCUUCAAAAUACUGUAUUAAAAUAAGCCCAAGUGUCUCAGCCAUACUCAUGACCCCUCUGACGCCAUCAGUGGUUAUUUUUUCCUCCGAUGAUUUAACGUGAUCACAUUUAAUGAGGCGCCAUCGAUCCUGUUAUCCUUUAGGAGACUCAUGUCCAAAUGACGGAUAAUUCGGUGUCUGCUAUACUACUAAUAACGAUAGAUUUUGUAAAACAUUUAAAAAUAAAAAGCAACGCUAUUUAUCUUUGGCGUUUCGGCGACGACAUGUCACCAUUAUCAAAUGCAAAUGAAACAGACUAAUGAACCGCCGUUUUAAGAUCCUUCAGAAAUGCCGAGGAAAGUUUGAGUCCCUCAUUUUUAAGCCGACUCUAUUCCAGCAAAACGUUUCACUUAAUUAUUUCAUUGUUUUGUCCUUCAAAUUUAAUUUUGUGUUUCACACCUUCGUUUCCUUUACAUAUAUUUCGGUUCAUAGUCUGUUUCGUUUGCGUUUGAUAAUGGUGACAUGUCAUCGCUGAAACGUCAUGUUUUAAUAGCUUUGCUUUUUCUCUGCUAUACUACUCAUGUAAAAUCGCCGCUUGUUUAGGAGUUUACAUUCUUCAUUCUAUUCUUCAUUCUUCAUAAUCUUUUUUUAAAUUACCUCAAAUUUCUCUUUAUAUUGGGGUUAACCUUUACUUGGCUUUACUCAGUGUGUAACAGGUUUUUUAUGGAUGGUCGAUCGUGCAUAGUUUGAGGCCGUUUUAUUAGAGGGCUUUCGAUUCUGAGACGAGGACGACUACCAGAACGAGACUUUCUUCGGCAAAACUAAGUAGUGCUCGCGCGCGUGAACCAGCGUCUUUUUGGCGAGAAGACGUGAUAGUAAUCAUCAUUCUACUUCAAGUUUUAGAGAGAGUGUCGUAGUGGCGGGAACAAGUUAUCAAAGUUUAGAAAGUUUAAUCAUAUUGUGACUGGGAAAGGGCUUAACCUGCUCCAAUAAAGAUAACCUCACUAAUUUUUCAGAUGAAAAAUAGUACUGUGAAGCUUUCCGGGUUGAAUAUUUUUCGAGAAUACGGGGAAAACUUAAAGUUAAAUCCAGUACUCGUACUCGUCUUUAUCCUCAAAUCUAAAGCUCUAUAUUACAUUCAACUAAUUAACGAACAAAUUUUACUUUGUUUUUUUUUUUUUUAAAGAACGAGGAAGAUGAAGAAGUCCACAUUGUUAGAAAUCUCUUCGAAGAGUUUCAUACUGAUGUAGACGUACCCCUGUGUCCGCGAAGGUGCCCAUAUUCUAGUCAAAUCGUAUGUCUUUAUGCAAAGUUACCAGAUAAACCUUCACCUGAUGCAUGCUACCUGACAAAUCGUGAAGAGGGUUUAACUACAAGCGAAUCUUCAUUUGGCUUUGUUAACAACCAGGACGACCAAACAGCGUAUUUGCAGUCAUUGCAAUCAUCCAUCCCUGGAGACAGUGAAAAAGAAAAAUUUAAUGGGGCUGUCGAUCCCAGCUGUAAUCCAAAGGAUAUUGAUGCAAGCGAUUUUGAGUCAAGUCUUGGGAAUCACUGUGAAGUCCAGUGUAAUGCUUGGGAUGAAGAUUUUUCUGUGCACCAAAACCAGAUACAGGACUAUUCCGAUGCAUGUCGUCAAAGUGUUCUAGGGCUAUCACCUUUGACAAGUUCGGAGAAGACUGACACUGGAACCCAGACUGAGGAUUGUUUUGGGCCUGUCUUGGCAAACUUGGAAAAUGAGUUGGCAGCUUCUCAGAACAUCUGCCACAAAUUGCAACAAAAGAUAAAGUGGCUAGAGGAGAAACUAGAGCUCUUUGAAGAGGAAAACCAUAAGCUCCAAGUUGAUCUUGGAAAGUACUUGUUCUUGGAAGAGAAAGAAAAGCGUAUGUCAGCAGUGUCAGGCAGAAGAAAUGAGUUACUGGGCCAUCUUGUGUCAGGAGGAGCCACAACAGAUUAUGAUGGAUCAUGUUCAUUCAAUAAUCCACCAGACUCUACUUUGUCUGUUAUGAAUGAAGGUAAGCCGCUAAUCAUCCUUUCCAAUUAAUUCCAUGAAGCUGAUGCAAGAAAGGCUGACCCCUGACCGACAGCUCGCGACAGCGCUCCUUUUCGUUGCCUGUGUUAAAUUUCAAUUAACUUUAUUUAACUUUGGGAAGCUACUUGGAGGAAUUAGUCGUUUUGAUCUUGUAUCACAAAUUGGAGUUGAUGUUGAGGUUCCAGGGUCUUGUUGUAGUCUUCUCUAUUAGUUUUUGUUUCAAAAAAUAAAACAUUUUAAGAUGAACUUUUGAGGCACAGUAAAAGCUUCAAUAUAGUAUGUUUACUAGCUGACGCAACUGCUUGAUCUGAAAGGAGACACAAAAUAAGGAUUUAGGGCAUUGUUUUUUAAUACUCUUCGACCUCUAUUAUGUUAUAUUUUCGUCGUUUUAUCGUUGUUAUUUGUGACAUAGCUUCCGGUACCGUAUUGUACGUGCUAAAGGUCACAAGCAGUCCCCAGAAGAAAAGUGUCCACCAUGCUAGAGUUGAGUCAAACCUGGCUUGAUCGAAAUGAAUUUUUUAGUAAGUUUCGAUGUGAAGAAACUGCCUUUCAUUUCCAGAAGUAGUAACGUAACCUUAUGUGUUUAUUUCUCUCAAAGCAUCGAAGCAUUCCCAAGUAAGGAGUUUGUCAGGAAGAAAAACUGAACCACAGGAGCAAGCUCCAGGUUCAGCUACCGAUGAUUCUGUUGCUUUACAAGACAAACAUGUUGACGAGCAUCUAAACAGACAGGACAGGAAUGGGCUUAUCUUUUAUGGGACUUCACUUCACUCCUCAAGCAAUGCUGAACUCUUUCAAGAAAACGAUACAACAUCAAGUGAAGAGAGGGCAGAUCACGAACACAAACAGUGUACACUACUACCCUGCAACCAAAGUUCAGAAAAAACCAACGACGUCCCCCCAGAAUCGAGUAUGAACGCAGAUUGUCAUCUCCCAUCGUCCCAGGGCGCUGUUAUUGCCAACGAUUACCCUUGGACAUCCAAGUCUUUUGAUGCUAGCGUCUCAUCAAAUUCCAGUCAAAGCGCAACUGUAAGUUCAAACAGUCAGUUAGCUAUUAUCAGCACCUUUUACAAACCUAAGGCGAUCAAUAAAAUAGCUUACAAUGUUGAUGUCACUCUCUUUUGAUUCCGUUUUCCAGAACAGCAAGAUCUCAAGUGACAAUAGCCACAACCUAACUUGCUUUAAGGAAAAUCCUAGGCUUUCAGUGGAUACGGGCGUGGAUUUGAAAGACGAAAAUGUUGAAGUGCCAGGACCACGUGCUGCCAAUGGAGAACAAAGGGUCGAAAGAGCUGUUGAUUCAGUUGGUGAUGCAUCACUAACAGCAUUGCCGCCUGGGACAAAUACACGUGCUGUAAGCGCAGCUAAUAGACCGUCGUCCUGUGAAACAAACUGGGAGCGUCUUGGCGCUAGACCUAAACAACCUCAACAUUCGUUGGUGGCAGAAAGACCAAGGGAGCCUCUCGUCUCUGCAACAGAUGGCUUGGCUGCUAAUUUCCUGGCAAGACACACCCAAGAUAAGGCCCUUCAAGACAGUCUUUACCAAAGUACCGGUACACCAAGUCCCGUUUUCAGCGAGAAUUCGCACGGCACUUCCUAUGUUGAUGGUUAUGCACCUGAACCAAACCGAGCUACUACAUACUGUGGAGGUUUGUCAUUUCCAGCUGAGACAGAUCCACACGGAAGAAAAGAGAACCCAUUCUUGUCUGCAUUGAGUGAGGAGUUUGACAAAGGACGCACAGAGGGUAACUUCUCUUAUGAACACCUUUAUGAUAACACGACAGAUGCAGAUGCACCAGAUGGACCUUUCGACAGCCACUUUGGAGAGGGUAACUUUUCAAGAUUCAGGAACUGCUCAUCAAAAAGUACUAGUAGUGCAGUAAACAGCCAUACAUUUCAAAGUGGUUUUGUCGAAAAUAUCCUUGUGCUCGCAAGAAACAAUCACCAUGAGCUUGUGCAGGAUCAGUCUGUUUUACCAGGUUCGUGUUCAGCUUCUAAUUCGGAACCCACUACCACAACACAGCAGCACUGGUCAAUACCUGGUAGGGUUUCAGUGGUCCGUCCCAGUGGAUGCACGACAACUUUUGAAGAUGCUUGUUUGGCACAGGGAUCUACUCACGAUACAUCUAUUCUUGAACCCCGCUAUGGUGAUGCAGACAGCUACAGAAGUUCUGUGUGGAACAACAGAGACUUUGGUACAGAUUCAGUCGAGUCCUCAGACAACUCAUUGCUUGCUCUGGAACGGCGUGUUGCAGAAGCUUCUGCUCUUGUUGAAAGAGUCCUGCGAGAGAGGGAGGAACGUGAACAGUUUGGAAGGGAGAUAGAAAGAAAAGAACAGUUGAUCAGAGAACAGAGAGCCAAAGAAAAGAGAGAGAGGGAAGAAAGAGAGCUGCGAGAAGCUGAAAACUGGCCACAACAACAAGAAGCGAUCACUGCACGAUCACAGUGGUUAUGUGAACAUUAUCAGCGGCACUGCAGAGUACGAUUCCCUUGUUGCACACAGUUCUAUCCAUGCCAUCGCUGUCACAACAUCUCGAAAGCUUGUGACAAUGAAGAGGCUAAAGCUUGUCAUGCCACUUAUCUGAAAUGCUCUCACUGUCAGGAAGAACAGGAGGUAAUGUUUUUUUGGACAUAGCAAUUCAAAACAAACUGUAAAAUUAAAAGUUAUCUGGAAAAGUCCAGGGCCUGUUUGUCAAUCAGAAGUCAUGAGGCAGUACCUUAUUUUGGCAAAGACUCAUUCUUAAUUUUCCAAAUUCUCCUUAUAUUGUUACUCCAGUUGAUUGGAGAACAUACGAAUGUUAGUUGCCCGAACAACAGUGUCGACACUUUCUACAGGACAGCCAAGUUAACAAUGCAUACACAGAAAACCGAAGAAGCAAAUUUUCACGUUACUUACCCCGUUCUUAACUUUUUUGUGACUUGUUCUGCGUGUUGUCAAUACCUUAUUUCUUUUUCAUUAAAGAUCCCAUAAUGCUUUUAAAAACACUCACUUACUUCCCAGAGAGAACAUUCCUUACGGCGAGGACCUCAUUGAUUUGGCGACCUUAAGCUUGUUUCGACGAAGGUACUCGAAUUAAGGAGUUCAGCACCAGUUAAGUACAGUCAAAACCCGUUAAAACGCACACAGAGGGAGCCAUAGAAAGUGUCCGUAUUAACGGGGUAUCCAUGUCCAGCUGGUUGGAGACUGAAAAGGGUUUUCUUUCCCCUGUCCGUAUUAACCAGAUGUCCAUAAAGCGUGGUUUGACUGUACAUAUGCAAAACUAAAAGCAAUACUUGCGAGUCACAUUUCCCGAGUCUCAUUUGCGUUUGUUUAGUCUUAUUUCUUGGCCCUAAGUAAUCCAUAGCAUGAAUCUAGUUUAAGUGAAACGUUCUGCAAUUCUAUUUUCACAGAUUGGUGAAGACAGUGCUCAUUGUCGUAAAUGUGGAGGGAAAAUGUCUGCUUAUUUCUGUGCUAUUUGCAAGCAUUUUACUAGUAUUGACAAGAAUCCGUACCACUGCGAUAAAUGUGGAAUUUGCCGGUAGGUUAAACAUUACUUUUUCCUUCCAAAAUUAUGAUAAUUAGUAAUUGAGAAAGAAUUUUCACACCUUCAAAAUAUUGAAAUCCUUCAGUGAGUGACAAAGGCAGUUAUAUACCCUAAGGAGACACCGAAAUUUGAUAUUCUACGUCCAUUAUAAGGGUUUCAACCCCACAAGGACAAAUUGAGUGUAUCAAUUGAGUUCGAAUUCAUCUAUGGCUUUCUAACCAACAUCAGUAUCACUGCGAGACGAUUUAUUGAAUUGAUUGAGUACCUGAAAUCCUCUACCUACAUUUACCAGAUUUGGCCAUGUUUACAGUAGAUACUUCAUAGUCCGUCAAAAUGGGCGGACGUGUACAGUCAGACGGAUCAUUCCUCCAAAACGGAAGCUGUUAUUAGAAAUGCCUCAAGUACGCGGAGAACACAGCCACGUCAAAGGGGUAGAAUAACAUAGAACCCCAACUCUUGCUUUUCCAGGACACGAAAAUUUUCCAAGGCCUCACUAUAUAAUAGAAUUUACGAUGUUUUGGGUCCUUUCAGUUUUUUGCUAUAAACAGCAUUUUUCACAAAUAAAUUUGAAAAAUAUAUGUUAUGAUCUUCCUGAAUGAAAAAAUGAUAAGAAAUCAAGCAAAUGUUGCCGAUAAUAAUGUUAAUUUCCAGCAGCAGUUUUUUCAAGUUUUCUUUUCUUGGAGAGAGCAUAUUUUUCUAAGGCAUAAAUGAAAUAAGAAAUUACAGAACCGCACGACUUAACCAAUUUUUCUCAUUUUGUUUCGAUCAAGGAUUCAUCAGGACAAAUCAUUCCAUUGUGAAGUAUGUAAUGUAUGUUUAGACAAACGACUCGAGGGAAAUCACAAAUGUCGACCUGAUUCAGGUCAUGAUGAAUGCUGUAUUUGCUUGGAGGUAAGUUAAAAAUUCUUUCUGGUUUCUUUUUUGUGUGUGUUUUUGUUUUUAGAGGGUAAGGGUUCAUUGCAACCCCUUUCUCACAAGAACGUAAGGUUUCCCUCAUUAAUUAUCAGAUAGCCUAAGAAAACAGCCGACAUUUUGCGACGCUACCACUUGGUUCUCCGCCAAAUGACGUGUCGGGAACAAGUGCGGAAAUUCCAUACUGAUGUCGUACCUGAUUGAUCCUGUCGCGUUGGAAUUUUGCUUCAACCAAUCAGAAGUACUACCCAGAUCUAGAUAGUGUUACUUCAUCAGUAUGUAAUUUCUUAGGCGUCGCAAAAUGUUGGCUGUUUUCUCGGGCUAAUUGUGCGAAAACAGUUAUGUUAAUGCUUGUUUGACUUUGUUACAAUAACGUACAUUAAACAUUUUUUUUACUGAAAGGAUGCAUUCAGUGGUUGUCAGAUAUUACCAUGUUCACACAAAGUCCACAGAGAAUGUGCCAUCGCUAUGAUACAAAACGGCAUGUAA